GGCAGAAAAGGCGGAACAGAACAAGAGCAGGAGCUUCAGGAUCUUGAGGCCGAUCUGAAAAACAUGAAAUCGGAGAUCGUCAUUGCCGCUGGCUCAACAAAGAAGAGGAAAUGUACGCUCGAGUACUUCCAGACUACAAUUGCAGGAGUAAGGAAGACCUUGCUUGAGGUGAAGGGCCUCAAUACUGUCCAGGCGGGACAAAGAUGUCAGUUAACCGUUGUCAAACAGGCACAAGGAAUUGAGUCUGAUUGACGGUCAGAAGAUUGUGUUCCAAAAUAGGAUGGUCCUUAUUACCCCCCUUAAAAAACUUAUUUCCUCCCAUAUGUAUGAGUGACGUAGCCUACACAUUCGAAAGUGCAGUCACCGAAAUGCAGCAAGGCUUGUCGCUGCUACACCUUCGCCCAAGCAGGACCGACCAACCACACGAAUACUGGCCAGGUGAGAAACGGAGAGACUAUCAUCAGCACGCCGCCAUGGACCGCAAGAAUCAAAGGGCUGGAGGGACGGUUGGUAUGGUGCCAGCCGCAGCUGCAGCUCUCCCAGGAGACGACGCUCAGGAUGAGGCUGUCAUCUGGAAACGGACCUUGGCGGACCUCCAACGGUUGUCAGAGAUCAUCGACGCAAGCGACGACAUUGUUUCUGCGUUGGACAAAGUGCCUGAAGGACGACCAAAUCGAUCUGCUCUUCUUUGUCAGGAUGCCGCUGAGAAGGCCCGUGAGGAACAGGACACUAUUCAACGGGCAUUGGAGGGUAUUAAUCUUCUGUUGGCCCUUCGUGACGGAGACUUGGUCAAUGUUGACAAUAGCCCAGAGGGCAAAAGGAAGAAGCGUAAAAUUGAGUCCGAAGGACUUGUCUCCAAUUCGAAGAAAAUCAGACGAUAUUCGUCCACAGACUCAAAUGGAGUUAUACCUGUUGGUCACCAGGUAGCAGCACGGACACCAAAGGAUAAGAACAAACCCGAAGAAUGGAUUCUUGCAAGGGUACUGUCGUACUCUGCAGAAAAGAACAAGUACCAUAUCGAGGAUGAUGAAGCAGACGAAUACGGCAAAAAAAUGACAUAUUCAUUAAAUGCAAGGAGUGUAAUUAUGAUUGCGGAUGAUCAGGACGAUAUCCCGGAGUUUCCUGCUGGGCACACCGUCCUGGCUCUCUAUCCGCUAACUACCUGCUUCUACAAGGCAAUCGUUGUACAACCUCCAUCAAAGAAUAAGGACAAUCCAUCGCCACUCUACCGGAUCAAAUUCGAUGAUGACGAAGGCAACGAACGGACAGCUCCUCCAAAAAUGGUACUGGAUAUGCCCAAAUUGAAGUAAUGACCUAGUAGCACGGAUGUAUCAUACACCACUCGACCAUGUGGCAACAUCCUUUAAUCGAGUGUAAUAAUAGACGAGUAAAAGUAACCGCCUCCCAACCAGUUUUGCCGCAACAUCACGGAAAAGCGAAACAGCUUGCCAUCAUUCAACUUGAAAUAAAGAGAC